AUGCCUCCGCAACCAGUACAGCUAAACUACUUCGUCACACCCUGGCGCAGCCAUGCCGACCUNUUGAAUGUUCGCCAUGGCCUCUACAGCCCUUCGACGCCAGCAGAGCAAAGCCAUGCCAUCGCUACAGUAGCAGCCUGGAAACAGAGAGGCAACGUUCCUCAUGCAGUCGAAAGUACAGCUCUAUUAAUGGACGCCAUGCUCCUCCACGCUCAAUUCUCAACCUCCAGCAUGCGUCAAGCCUCUUCUGCUGCCGACCCUUCAGAAUGGCCACUUCAAGGUGUUGUUGCCGGUACUGCUUCGUCUUUUGCCCUCAGAGCCGCCUACACUACUGCACUGUCCAGAUUCGUGACUGGAUUUGCCGAUCUGGGACGCCACAGAAGCGGACCUGGUCAGAGCAUGUUUGACGUUGCCAGGUCUAUCGGCCUGCCUCCGCACUUUGUCGAACUCCGUCAUGAAGUCGCACAUGAAGAUCUGCCUGGUCUUGCGAGACUUGUCCGCAGCGCUCGUGAAGCAGUCAAUUGGCUCUGGGGCGUCUACUGGGCAAAACUGCCUCAAGACGCUUGGGAGGCCGAAGCUGACGAGGAAGCUGCAGCUCAAGUAGACCUGGAAUCUUUGGCGGCAGUCAGGUCAGAGGCUACCGAGUAUCUCAAAAAGUUCAGAUCACGCAGGGUCACAGCACUAAAGAGCAAAGCGAAGGCAAAGGACAUCGCCAGCUCGUUACUUGAAACACAACAGCACUGUCAAAACUUAUGCCAUGGUGAAGAUGAAGCAGCAAAGUGGACUCAAGUAGCAUCGGUUUUGAUUGACGAUGGCUUGAUUGUACCUUCACUGNNGAAACAGUAUGUGUGGUCUGAACGAAUCUUUUUGAUAUUGGACUUUGCUAAUUAUUCUUACAGGACAAGAGGCCCUCUUGCCGACUCGGCUCUGCAGGGCGCUUACUUGAUCUGGGAUGAACUUUUGAUCAUGCUUGCAUCGGGAUCUUCGCUCUUUGUCGAAGCCUUCUUUGAGCGAGCUAUCGCCCAUAACGCAAAGAUGAACGCCGCGGACGAAGACAGGGACAGAGCAGACCCAACCAAAUGGGCCAUCUACCGUUGGAUCAUGCAUUUGCUAGAUUCCGACAGCUGGCUAGAAAUGCGUGGCGAAAGCCCUGAGCUUUUCGAGAUCCUGGCACUAAGGGAAUGUAUACUACAUCCCAACACACAAUGGAGUUACGAACUGGCCGAGGAGAUUCUAGAGGAUGCCGAGAUGGAUGUUCAAACUACUUGGAAGAGUUUGGUCGAAGCUAGCGCUUUGGUGGGCGACCACGAUGCGGAUGCUGAUGCUGAGGAAGGAGCAACGAAGAAGACGAAGGAGACCAAGAAGACGGAUGACGUAGAGAUGGAAGAUGUUCCUUCAGAGCAAGGAGGUUGGCGGCGAGAGACGGGAAUGUGGGAAGGUGUGCCGAUCGGAACCGUGGCAAGUUGA